GCACCUUCCGGCCUCCAUAGCAUAGCAUAUCAACAUUUCUCUGUGUUCGUUCCGUUCUCUCUCUCUCUCUCUCUCUCUGCUUAGGUUCUUCUUGGUAACGCUAAGAUGCAAGCUAUUACAAGACGCUUAGGCCACGAAUCUCUGAAAUCCUCAACUUUGCUCAAAUCCAGCUAUCCAAUUUCCGAUCACUACUAUGGUGUAAAUCACGAGCGUUAUGUUUCCACCAUAGCUACCAAGGGCGUUGGUCACCUCGUCCGCAAGGGUACUGGUGGAAGAUCAUCUGUCAGUGGUAUUGUUGCCACAGUAUUUGGAGCAACUGGAUUCCUUGGUCGUUAUGUUGUUCAACAACUUGCUAAAAUGGGAUCUCAAGUCUUAGUUCCUUUCCGAGGCUCUGAAGAUUCUCCUCGUCAUCUCAAACUGAUGGGAGAUUUAGGACAGAUUGUACCUAUGAAAUUCAAUCCAAGAGAUGAGAGUUCGGUUAAAGCUGUAAUGGCUAGAGCCAAUGUUGUCAUCAAUCUCAUUGGAAGGGAUUAUGAGACAAGAAACUUCAGCUAUGAGGAAGUGCACUAUCACAUGGCCGAGAAACUUGCAAAGAUUUCAAAAGAACAUGGUGGUAUCAUGAGGUUCAUUCAAGUUUCUUGCUUAGGUGCAUCUCCAUCAUCUUCUUCCAGGAUGCUUAGAUGUAAAGCAGCUGCCGAAGAAGCGGUUUUAAGAGAAUUACCUGAGGCCACGAUCUUCAAACCAGCUGUUAUGAUUGGUACAGAGGACCGGAUUUUAAACCGAUGGGCUCAUUUUGCAAAGAAGUAUGGCUUUAUUCCAUUGAUGGGGAACGGGAACACAAAAAUCCAGCCUGUAUAUGUCGUUGAUGUCGCCGCGGCACUUACUACAGCCUUGAAAGAUGAUGGUACUAGCAUGGGAAAAAUUUAUGAGUUGGGUGGUCCUGAGAUCUUUACUGUGCAUCAGUUGGCAGAGAUUAUGUAUGAUGUGAUUCGUGAAUGGCCUCGAUAUGUAAACGUGCCUCUUCCCAUUGCAAAGGCAUUGGCAACACCAAGGGAAUUAUUCUUAAAUAAGCUUCCCUUUCCACUACCCAAGCCUGAGAUGUUCAAUCUGGAUCAGAUCCAUGCUUAUGCUGCAGAUACUGUUGUUUCAGAAAAUGCUUUGACAUUCAAUGAUCUUGGAAUUGUUCCUCAUAAGCUGAAGGGAUACCCUAUUGAGUUUCUUAUUCAAUAUAGGAAAGGAGGUCCACAAUUUGGUUCCACAAUCAGUGAAAAGGUCUCUCCAGAUGCUUGGCCAUAAGAUUCUUUGGAUAUUUGGUCGUGAAUCAUUUUUCUCUUUUUUGCCUGUACUAUCACCAUUUCAUUUCACUAUUUAAAAGUGAUGGGAAAAGCUCAACUUUUUGUAUCUUCCUUUCAUAAUGUAGAGUGGGUAACCAUGUUUGUUGAUGACGAUAAUAAAAUCCAAAUACCUGAUUUCUGAAAACGGCUUUGAAUCAAAGUCAAAGUCAUAUUUCUAAUUCUAAUAUUGGAUGAUAUCUUAUGUUCAUGUACUUAUUUAGUCCUGAA